UGUUCUUGUAUUGGGAUCUCGAAGAUUUAUCUAGGUUGAUUUUGUAGCUUCGAGCGACGUAGGAAACAAAACCAGAAAUGUUGAAAUCAGUUUCAAGAUCUAAUAAGCUACAGUUUUUAAGCUAAAUGGAUGAUGAUCGAGUUUUAAGAGAUGUUUGUUUAUUUGAUUAGAAAGUUUAGGGUAUGACUGGUUUGUUCUAUGUGAGACUUGUAUCUGCCCUUUCAUGUUUUAAGUUAAAUUGGAAAUCUUUAGAGGUGACUUCGUUAAACAUUGUGACUUUGUAAUCAUAUUCUAGGUAGUAUCUUAAUUAUAGGGAUUUUUACUCUGGUUUCAAACUUAGUUUACAUUUCACUUUGCUUUGGAACGUUACAUUAACUUAGUUGGAAUUCAUCAAAGUUUGACCAAGAAAAGUGCGUUUGCUUAGGAUUGUCUCUGUUGAAUAUAUGUGUUAUCUAACUCUUGACUUUCUGAAUGCUAUAACCAUCUUGUACUGCUAGAAGAUAGAAUCCAAUUCAAAACCAAAACCUUUAUUAUGAUAAUAGAAAGAUAGAACAAUAAAGUAACAAGAGUAUAAACUCCCCAAAGAGAACUAGGUUCUCUUCCCUCGGCCUAACCCGAUAGAAUCCUCCAAAGCUCUCAAUAGCUUGGAUAGGUCUUAUUUAUAAUAGAACGUAAAGUAAAAGACUCUAGGAAAAGUAAAUAAGAUAUUGGAAAUCCUAAACUAUUUCCAAGGAAUUUGAGAUUACUUUGGGAGUAGCAUGAAUUAUGACGGAUAAGAUUAUAUAAAAAGUAUGGUAUGACAUGGUCAUAUUUUCUUAUAUAACCAUGAAGUCAACUUGGUGAUGCCUAUUUGGGUAUAUAUUAUUGCAUUGGCUGACAACAUUCUUUAGCAAAUUGCUAGGAAAAGUGGAGGAUAUGGAACGUUGAAAAUUGAGUUUGACUUCUUGGCCUCUAAGUUAUUGCUAGACUUUGUUUUUUAGCUUGAGAGAUUGCUUGUUACCAGAAAGAAAACUUAUUUGCUUAGAAUUCAGUCUCUCUUCUUCCGUAGCAAUGGCUUGCAGACUAUAUCUGGCUUUGAUCUUCUCUUGCGUUUAUCUGAUUUUCCUGUCAAGUCAACAAGAAACCGGGUUUGUCUACAAUGGCUUUGAUCAGGCAGAUCUUUUUAUCGAUGGGAUCGCCAAGAUCCUACCUGAUGGACUUUUGCAGUUGACAAAUACUACAGAGUUGCAAAUGGGUCAUGCUUUCUUCAAGAAGCCAUUUGAUUUUGAUCCAUCUUCAUCAUUUUCGUUCUAUACACAUUUUGUGUGCGCGCUGGUGCCUCCUAAGUUGGGAGCUGAUGGUGGCCAUGGUAUCGUUUUUGUUGUAUCUCCUUCCAUGGAUCUCUCUCAUGCAUACGCAACUCAGUACUUGGGGGUCUUCAGCAACCUAACAAAUGGGACUUCCUCUUCACAUCUACUAGCUAUUGAGCUCGAUACCGUUAAGACAGUAGAGUUUAAUGAGUUGGAAAAGCCUCAUGUUGGUAUUGAUUUGAACAGCCCAAUAUCUGUUGAAUCUGCUCUGCCAUCUUACUUUUCUGGCGCCUCAGGGAAGAAUAUAAGCAUAGAUCUUCUGAGUGGGGAGGCUAUCCAGGUUUGGGUGGAUUACGAUGGCUCGUUGCUAAAUGUUACACUGGCCCCUAUAGAAAUCCAGAAGCCAAAUCAGCCUCUUAUAUCAAGAGCCAUCAAUCUUUCAGAGAUUUUUCAAGAGAAGAUAUAUGUUGGGUUCUCUUCAUCAACAGGGAAUCUUCUUAGUAACCAUUAUAUACUUGGGUGGAGUUUUAGUAGAAGCAAAGAACAAUUACAGAACCUGGACCUCUCUAAACUCCCUCAGAUUCCUCUUCCUAGAGAGGAAAAAAAGAAAUUAUCUCCACUACUUAUUGGUUUGGUCAUCUUAUUAGUGAUUCCUGUGCUGAUGGUUCUUGGAGGAAUGUAUUGGUACAGAAGAAAGAAAUAUGCGGAAGUAAAAGAAUGGUGGGAGAAGGAAUACGGCCCACACCGAUUCUCCUAUAAGUCUCUGUACAAAGCAACAAAUGGGUUUCGUAAAGAUUGUCGUGUUGGGAAAGGUGGGUUUGGAGAAGUCUACAAAGGAACUCUGCCCGGAGGCAGGCAUAUAGCUGUGAAAAGACUAUCCCAUGAUGCAGAGCAAGGGAUGAAACAGUUUGUGGCAGAAGUUGUAACCAUGGGAAAUUUACAACAUCGGAACUUGGUUCCUCUUCUCGGGUAUUGCAGGAGAAAAUGUGAGUUGCUUCUGGUCUCUGAGUACAUGCCCAACGGUAGUCUUGACCAGUACUUGUUUCAUGACGAAAACCCAUCUCCUUCAUGGUUUCAAAGGAUUUCUAUUCUUAAGGACAUUGCAUCGGCUCUUAGUUACCUGCAUACAGGAACCAAGCAAGUUGUUUUGCAUCGGGAUAUAAAAGCUUCGAACGUCAUGUUAGAUUCCGAGUUCAACGGGAGGUUAGGUGAUUUUGGCAUGGCCAAGUUUCACGACCGUGGAGCCAACUUAUCUGCAACUGCCGCUGUGGGAACCAUAGGUUACAUGGCACCUGAGCUAAUAACAAUGGGAACAUCUAUGAAAACCGAUGUGUAUGCCUUUGGUGCUUUCCUUCUUGAAGUAACUUGUGGAAGACGACCUGUGGAACCUGAGCUGCCAGUUGGAAAGCAAUAUUUGGUCAAGUGGGUCUCCGAAUGCUGGAAACAGGCUUGUUUACUCGAGACCAGAGAUCCAAGAUUGGGAGGAGAACUCUUACCCAUGGAAGUCGAGAUGGUUCUGAAACUUGGGUUACUCUGCACAAAUGCUAUGCCAGAAUCAAGGCCUGCAAUGGAACAAGUGGUGCAAUACCUUAACCGGGACUUAGCCUUACCAGAUUUCUCGCCGUCUACUCCAGGUAUCGGGGCUUUUAUGCCAGUUUCAAUGGAUGCAUUAUCUGCCAUUGGGGUCUCCAGUGUAAGGAAUUCAUCAGUCUCUAUGUUUGUUACUCACACGAUCUUGGACGGGCAUGGAAGAUAAGAUCUAAGAAACUGUGUACUCUCUGCAUCUAAAUCUGUUUGGCUACGUAAAUGUUUUAACUUAAUGUAUUGACUAUGUUGUUGGUUGAUGUUGUUUAGGUAUCAAUUGACAAAUAAAACAGUUCUUCUAGUGUUUGUAAACUGACAAGUUUUUACUAGUUUUUUGGCAACACCUGAA